AUGUUGAUGAUGCAGCCCUUCGGCUUCAUGUACGCUUUGACUCUGGGCAAGGAUAUGGUUGACAUAUGCUUGCAUGCUGACGAGGACAGUUCUGCUUCCAAGCAAUUCCUGGGAUGGCUACCCUGGCGAGCCGGCGUCGCAAACCUGCUUGUCUCCGUGGAUGAGGCAGAGGAUGUGGUGGCACAUGUCCAGUACCGUGCAGAGUACGGGGCAUCGGCUCCUCUUCCGGAUUCCUUGGUCCGAGAGCGUGUGGAGGCCCGCGUCCAAUGGGUCGUUUGCGACUUCCUUGACAUAUUGAUGUCAUGGCAUGCUCGGAAUCGGGUGGCUUGCGACGCUUGCUCAUUACUUCUUCAACCAUUCCAGCAGGCCGACCAGAGCUACGCUUGGGCGGCGCGAGCCCGGACAGCUUGA